UAAGAAAAAAGAAACCUUAGAAGAAGCAAAAGAAGAUAGAGAAGAAAGUCUAAGAACACAAAGAUUCAAGUUAUCAGAUUACAGAAAUGGCAAAGCAAGGUUUAGAGCUUGAAAUUACAGAGCUGAGGUUGGGUCUUCCAGGUGAUAAUUGUCAUUCUUCAAGGGAUAAGAAUGAAAUUAAGAAGAGGGUUUUUUCUGAGAUCUCUGUUGACGAUGAUCAGAACAGCUCAAGCAGCAGCGGUGGUGAUCGCCGGAAAAACCAGAACAACAACAACAACAACAACAAGACUCAAGUUGUGGGGUGGCCACCGGUUUGCUCUUACCGGAAGAAGAACAAUGCUGCUGAGGCUGAAACAACAAAACUGUACGUGAAAGUUAGUAUGGAUGGAGCGCCUUUUCUUCGUAAAAUAGAUUUGAAAACUCAUAAAGGGUAUUCUGAUCUUGCCGUCGGUUUUGAAGAGCUCUUUCGUUCUUACGGCAUCGCAGGUGGAAUGUGGAAGGAUUCAGAAAGUUCGGAAUAUAUUCCAAUUUACGAAGACAAAGAUGGAGAUUGGAUGCUGGUUGGAGACGUUCCUUGGGAGAUGUUUACUGAAUCAUGCAAAAGGCUGAGGAUAAUGAAGAGAUCGGAUGCCAAAGGUUUUGGAAUAUUGCAAUCAAAACCAUAUUCCAAUGGAGAAAAACAAAAUGAUCUGAAAAUUUGAUUCACUAAUAGUUGUCCAAGCAUUUUGUUCUCUGUUCUUAUUAAUUCAGUAGUGUUGAUACGUGUUUAAGGUUUUAAUUAAGCAGGGCAGACCCUUUUUUUUUUUUUCCUUCUUAGCUUGAAUUGGAUAUGAAAAUUAAAUGUUCUACAGACCCAAGUGUGGGGGGAGUUCAUUUCUCUUAUACUCCUCAUCUUAGAUCGUCAACUUU